AUGAUGUAUUAUCUACUGUGUGUGUCCCUUUUCAUAGCAGUAUUAUUGCGCCCGUGCCUCGGUGUGAACUGCGAUCUUAAGGAGUUUCAGACAUUGGCUGGAGAUCUCAGGCUAGAUGCUACCUCACUGCCUCGUUACGAACAGUUAAUUUCACAGAUACGACAUUGCCAAAAGGAAGAUUCUGUUGACUCUGCAAGCGAAUUGGAGUCGUUGAUUAAUAAACUUUCGUAUAAUGCGGGACUCAUUCAUUUGACAGUUGGGCAAGAUUAUAAGGCCAUGAAAAUGUUUGAAACAAUUGGAUCCGAAAGUGGUAGUAAUAAAGAUGAUGCAUAUGCUAUAUUGGCCGACAAGAGGCUUCAGACUUUGCAUGCUCAAUUUGGUGAAUGGACAGGCUUUAAGGGUGAUAAAGAUAAAUUGGUGAGUUUCUUAGUUUUAAAUAAUACUAUAUUUGAAAAAUUGCAAAUGAUGGAUUUUACUUCUGCUGGCACUGAACUUGGUCACCUGUUAGAGAUAUCACCAUAUCACUUGGAGACUCUUGUCAUAAAUGUCAAUGUCUUGCUACGGGAAUUAGCAAAUGAUGGGAUGGAUAAUAUCUCAUUGGGUUAUGAUCUCGUUCAUUCAAUAGAAACAAUAUUAGAAAAACAUCGGUCUAUUCUAACUUUAAAGCAAAGAUUAACUUUGCAUUAUUACGCUUCAGUCGUACAAUUAUUCAUACUGAAUAUGGAACCUACGCAUCUAAGGAAGUGUUUAAAUAUUGACAUGGACAACCCACUUUGUAAAAGACUGACCCUGUUCUCUUCGAAAAUGAACAAAAUCAAUCCCAAAAGAAAAAAUAUACUUGAUCCACAAACCUAUUCUCAGUUAACGGACGGUAUGAUUGAUUGGAACCAUAUAGUGGAAUUUUAUUUUGUCGAUAAAAAGCCAUGUAUCAAGAUGCCUGAUCCUACUGAAUAUAAUUUCGAGAACAAUUAUCAAUUGGUCAAGUAUUUUGCUGAGGAAUCUUUAAAGUCAUUGUUUGAACAAGAACUACCAAUGGCUUCCAGAUUCAAUUUUAAUGUUAUUGAUCCGAACACUUUAAACAUUGCAACAACUGAAUACUUCAAGUUCAUUGAUACCAUGUUUUGCCAGGCGACAGUGGAGAACCCAGCAACAAAGUCAAAGACCGCAUCCUUUUGUUCAAAGGCAAUUAAAGAAUGCCUAACUUCUACUCAACUGAGUGAAUUCAAAAGUUCGUUGAGAACUGGUGAACCACUGUCAGAUGAGACAUUAAAGAAAACAUGGGAAACAUACCCACAUUUGACUAUGCAUAUGAUAAAUCAGAUAUUGAGAAAACAUCCCAAAAGACUUUCCAACAAUAUGAUUGAAUCACUUUCUAAGUUUUUCAAUGGUGAACACUUACAAGAUGCCAAAAAUAAAUUUGUGAAGAAACAAAUCGAUAUUAUUCACCGUUUAAUGGAGAGACAUAAGCAGCAGCAAUAUCAACAGCAACAACAGCAGCAGCAAAGGUUCUAUCAACAACAAUAUCAACAGCAACAGAGACAACAACAGCAACAGCAACCUCCAAUGGCUUCUAAUAAAGAUUAUUACAAAAUAUUGGAUGUAUCAAAGGACGCAGGGGCCAAAGAUAUUAGGAAAUCUUAUUUAAACUUGACCAAAAAAUUUCACCCAGAUAAACAAGGUCAAUUAUCAGAAAAGGAACAAAAAAAGAUACAGGAAAAGAUGUCAGAAAUCAAUGAAGCUUACGAAGUUUUAAGUGACGAAACCAAGAGGAAUGAAUAUGAUCUAAACAGAUCAGGGAAUCAUAAUGGUAUGGCAAAUGGAGGUGCUCAGAAUUUUGAUUUUGGCAGAAUGUUCCAACAACAAGGUUUCCCCUUUGGCGGCAAUCCGCAUUUCAAAAUGAACUUUUGA